CAGUUCAGUAGUCACUCGGGCCCGUUCAUGUCGAUGAAAAAUUUUACGUUUUAGUUUCUCUUUCCACGAUUGUUGGUUUUAUUUAUGUGAUUUUUCGUCUCAUGUUUUUAUCAUUAGAUUAAGCAAAUCUAUCGUGCGAGUGACCCGUGUGAUCAACAUGCGAUAUUCGGUUGCAGUUGCAGUCCAUUGCUGCUAAGUGCCCCAGAAAAGCACUGGAAAUUUUUUUGUUAAAUAGUGUUGAAAAAAUUGUGCUUGCUGGCGUAAAAGUUGCGAGAGUGAAAAAAUAAAACGGGAAUUGAGUGAUUGGUUUAUUGGCCUCCGUGGCAUAGCACCAACCAACUGCAGCGAAAAUUAUCCACCCAUCACAGCUGGUGUUUUCUUGGGAUACAUAUAGAUUGGAGCAGCAGCCGCAGCGGGGAAGGCAUCGGCUGUGUGCAUCGAAGAGUGAAACCUGACGCUCGAUUCGCUCUGCCGAUUGAAGAGGCCACAAUUAAUAAUCUAGGAAUAAGUGCGGAAAUCUUGUGCGCGGAAUAGGUGUUUUUGCUGGAGUGAUAGAGGGAUUUUGACCGUCUAUCUCGAGGGAUGUGGAGUCCGACGCAUAUUCAAGUCACGGUCCAACGCGCCAAAGGUCUGCUGAUCAAGGGUAAACAUGGCACAAACAACUGCUUCGUCAUCAUCGCCCUUGGCAAGGACAAAUACCAGACCUCGGUCAAGGAGAAGGCCCCGGAUGCGGUAGAAUGGCACGAGGAGUGCGAAUUGCAAAUCCCAACGCAGGGCAAUCGAGCGGAGCUCGUGCUAACGGCCCUGCACCACAACACGCUGGGAAUCGACGAGUUUCUCGGUCAGGUCAUACUGCCGCUCAACGAGAUGGACGUGUACGAGCGGCCCCGGUCACGGUGGUUCAAGAUGCAGAGCAAACCCGGCAAGGAGAAAAAGAAAGAACGCGGCGAGCUGGAGGUUCGGAUAGCAUUCACCGUGAAGGCAGGUUCGCUGACGGACCUCAGCAAAAAGGAGAAGAACAAAAGCUCCAUCAGCAAUCUGGCUUCGAACGUCGGUGGGUCACUGCUCAGCAUCGGGGCCAUUGAAAAGCGCAAAGGUUUGAAAAAGUUUGCCAAAUCGCUCGGCUCGAAAGUGCACAUCAGCGGGAUCGGGAAGAAAAAACACAAGGACGCCGAAGGCGGCGGUCCGGAUGAUGCAUCGUUUACCGGGAGCUAUUCCAGUAUCGGCACUCCGAGUGGACUUACGUCGAGACAAUCGCGGCAAACGUUCGGCGAUGCCGAUCCGGGGGUGAUCAGCGAGGACGAAGAUGAGUUCGUGUUCGACAAUCUGUCCCACAAAAGUUCGGGCAGUUCGUUGAACAUGCGCGCAGCGCAUGGCGUGGCUGCACUGAAAUCGACUACGCAAUCGAGCUCCUCCACGCCGGACGAAAUGAGGAAACAAAAAUCGAUGACUCUUCCACCGUCGAAACCACCGCGGCUGCUUUCCGAACACGAACACGAAACGGCGGCGGUAACGAAAGUCGAUGAAUGGGAGCAAAAACUGUACGGCAAACAUCUCGACAUAGGCAGCACAGAUUCCCUCAAGCGAAGAUCAUGGGAAAACUCACGGGUCAUGCUGGCGGUUCAACAGGAAGAGGAAGAAGAUCGGGCAAACAGCAGGAAUGUUCCGAAGGAACCAGCCACGGUCGCGGCACCAGUUUCGGUAACGGCACCUACCUCACCUCUGCUGGCAGACAAGGGUCACACGGAGGACAACGCAGCGAACGACAAACCCCGGCCACUGCCUCGCGCCGGUUCGCAAGACAUCGGAAAGGUCAACGAAAAGUUGGUCCUAGACAAUCCGACAAUCACCACCAGCAACAGUCGCAAAUCGAUCAAUCAUCCUUCGCCGAAACAGGAAAAGGACAGCAACUCAUUCACCAGGAAGCUGAAGCAUUUCAUCAAAGACCAUCGAGCGGAAUCGAUGGAAAACUUAUCCACCGCCGCGGGUAAAAAGCAGCUAAACGGAACCAAACAGCAAACGUUCAAGCCGCACCAGCAGCACGAACGGAUCAUUAUCGGGGGAGAAAAUGGUCACCUGGGAGCGGGCGACCUUCUGCCGAUGGUCGCCCGGCAGAGCAAACUAGUGACCGAGGUUUCACCGGAGCUGGUUGCCAAGUACGAGGGCAAAACGCGCGAAGACAUGAUGAAGAUUGCGCACAAUCUGGAAAACGAGGUCCACUACCAGAAGCAAAAGGUGAAGGAACUGGAGGACUAUCUGGACAGUUUGCUGCUAAAGGUUAUGGAGUGUCACCCGAAGAUUCUGCAGAAUCCGUACCAGAAGGGUCAUCCUACCAAGAGCUUUGCGUCUGUUUUGCUGCGUGAUUAAAAACCUGGUGCCUCACUUGUUAUCUCUACUUACAGUGGAUGAUUUGCCCUUCUUCCUUACAGUGGCAUUGGUAAGCAGCUGAUGGAUUGCGUCUAUCUCUAGAACUAUAAGAUCCAUCCAUAUCCCCGAGUACUAAUAGAUAUUCAUGAAAAACAAAAAAAAAACAAUUCAUCAUUCAACCACACUCAUCCACUAACAACAGAACUGAUUCCGGGAGUGUCUCUAAUCGACGACCGACGGACGGCACACAGGGAUGUAUGUAUACAACACCAAUCGGACCGCCGCGAAGAUCGCCAGGUCCAGGUAUCGGUAGGUAUCGGAGAACUUUUCAACCCUCCCAUGAUCCCACACGUUCCAUUUUAUCGUAACUGAAACAAACAAAAAAAAGACAAUAUUGCCAAUGUUUUCUGAAUACCUUUGUGAUCUUAACUUUGUUUUGUGCCUUCUCAGACAAAAUUUAAUGUGUUGUUUGAAAAGUUCUAACACAGCAGGCACUGAUCUGAAAAUCAGCUACCAACCAACAGCUCUAACCGCAUUUGUUGGUGCAUUUUGUUUGUUUUUUAUUUUUAUUUUACAUCUUAUUUUUCCGUUCAAAAUUAGUAAAAUUUAUCUGUAUGAUUUUAAACAAGAAUUAACACACUCCGCUAUGUUACAACGUUCCAACAUUGUCCGUACUCCGCGUAAGUGUGCACUUUGUACUUGAAUUGAACCUAAAAUCUAGAGGUAACCAUCGUUUUUCCGUUCAGAAAAAUCCUCAUAAUAUGGGCACUAACAUACAGACACUCACCCACACAUACAUACGAUACAGUUUUGUACCUUGAGAAAAUAAGAAAAUAUCUUAUAAAGCAAAAUAUUAGCAGAAAAGUGUUAUUUUUAAUCAAUCAAACCGUCAUUUACUAGUAGCAAGGUUAAGCAGCGCGUAUUAUGGCCUUAGAUAGUGCAUUAUAGUGUUAAAAUCCAACCGGAUUGUAUCGUGAAAUCUGCAUUCAAAGGAAAAGAAAAGCAAAUUCGAAUGAUAUUGUUCUUUUUGAUGAUCAAGUUUUUUCCCUCUCUCGCUCUGAGGAGGAGGAUAAAUAAACGUAUA